AUAACAGCCCUUUGCUCUGUAAUAUAUCCCUUUUUUAUUUAAACUUUUGCCUUCUUACUCAUUAAACCUCUCCUCAUCAGCACUACUUUUACUUUUCAGAAACGUAUAUUCAAUAUUAUAGGCUAGGAGUUCUUUUGUUUUCUCCCCGAGGAUGUAAAACCCUGGGGGAUUUAAGUAUCUACUUGAUAGGCUCACACAGUCUUAAUCAGCCUAUAAUGGAGCUAAUGGCUGUUUGUCAUCCUUGGAGAUAUAAAUUUCCUGGUGAUGUCUACUGCAGUCAGUACAUGAAGUAUGCUCUGACUGCCAGCAAGGUCUAAUAACCAGGAGAAGGGCAGCCAGCUUCAUUAGUGAGAGCGAGACUGAGACCAUACCGGCUGCUUUUCUGGGGAACUGUGCUUUUUUGAAUACCGAGAGGGAAUAAUGGAUAAUACUGUUGAUGGUUUGGACAAGGCUUCAAUUGCUAACUCGGAAGGACCAGCCCCAGGAUCCCAAACUCCCCCCUUCAAGAGGAAGGGCAAACUCUCCAACAUUGGCAAAAUCUUUAAACCUUGGAAAUGGCGGAAGAAGAAGACAAGUGACAAAUUCAGAGAAACAUCAGCAGUGUUGGAAAGGAAGAUUUCGACAAGACAAAGCAGAGAGGAGCUGAUAAGAAGGGGAGUGCUGAAGGAAAUGCCUGAGCAAGAUGGUGAUGUAACAGUAAAUUUUGAAACUUCAAAUGGACACACCAUAGCCAUUGGUGAAGAAACCAUACAGGAAGAAAAUGUGGUAAAAGCUAGUGGAAAUAAUGGUACUUUAUCAGAGAAAGCAUCAGCAUCGGAAGGAAAAAAAGAAGAUCAAAAAGAGAGCACUACUGGUCACUGCCCAGAAAUACCGACAUCCCAUGCUCCACCACUACCCAAGCCUAAGCCUAAACCUAAAAAAGCUCCACUGCCACCAAAAAAUGCCAUUGCUGCUUCCACCACCACCAGCCAUAAGGGUAAUGAAGCACCUCAUGCUAAAAAAAAGGGAAAGGGUCCUGCUAAGCAGCCUCCUCUCCCACCGCCCAAGCCGACAGGUCACAGUGCUAAUCAAGAAGCUGCUGGUUCCUCUCAUGCAAAAAAAACACCAGCCUCCAAGUCUUCUUCAUCACCAUCUCCUUCAUCCACAUCAUCUCAUCCCAAAGCCUCUAAGGAGACUUCCAGCAAACUGGGCACAUCAGGGACUCCCAGGGGCAAGAAAAAACCUGGGAAACAGUCGACCCCACGAACAGCACCAGAUGGGGCUGCCUCUUCCCCCUCAGGUGCCACAGCCAACAGUUUGGAAGUGAAGACAGAAAAACCCAAGGCUGAACAACCUUCCACAGUAGCUUUUGAAACAGAAGAUGCAGACCAAUCGAGCAAGCUUGUUGUACCCCCUCCUCCCACCGCUGCCCCUCCUCCACCUCCACUUCCACCUCCUUUCCCUGCUGCAGCUGGUCAGCCUGCUGUCUCCUCAGAUGCCCAAGAUGUGUCAGACAGCUGUGUGGCACGGCCAUGCAGCCCUGGAUCAGAUCCUAAACCCCUUCUCCAGACUGAGCAUGGCACAGAUGAGAGUCUGAGCAGUCCAGCCCUAGGCAGCAGUCCAGAUGCUAGUGGAGAAAACGCAGAAAGCUUGGCUACGAAAGAGGACCGAGAAGUGGAGGCUCCAGACCGGGCACACUCUGAACCAGUGGAGGAGGCUGCUGACACUGCUGCCCCUCCUGAGAGUGAAAGUAGCAGAGAGAGCCAUGGCAGUGACUCAGACUCAGACGGGCCGAUCCUGUACACAGAUGAUGAUGAUGACGACGAUGAUGAGAAUGCAAGUGCUGAAAGCUCUUUGGCAAGUAAAAUCCGUCGUAGGGAUACUCUUGCUAUCAAACUUGGCAACAGACCAUCUAAGAAAGAAUUAGAGGACAAAAACAUCUUGCAGCGUACAUCUGAAGAGGAGAGGCAGGAAAUCAGACAUCAGAUUGGAACGAAGCUAGUGAGGAGACUUAGCCAGAGGCCUACAACUGAAGAGCUAGAGCAAAGAAAUAUCCUGAAGCAGAAGAAUGAAGAAGAGGAACAGGAAGCCAAAAGAGAAAUAAAACGUAGACUCAGUAGAAAGCUCAGUCUGAGGCCCACAGUGGCUGAACUUCAAGCAAGAAGAAUCCUUCGAUUUAACGAGUAUGUGGAAGUCACGGAUUCUCCAGAUUAUGACCGUCGUGCUGACAAGCCUUGGGCCAGGUUAACUCCUGCAGACAAGGCAGCAAUACGGAAAGAACUGAAUGAAUUUAAAAGCACAGAAAUGGAAGUACAUGAGGAAAGUCGGCAAUUUACCAGGUUUCAUCGUCCAUAACUGUUUGACCACAUCCCGUAUUUCAUGUAACAAUUUUCUUUGGGGAAAUCAUUGCAUCCUGAAGACCUGAGAUUGCACUGGAACUUGAGUAUGAGUGUGUGCUACAGCUUUCCCUGACGUUAAUGAAGAAAGUGGCCCUUGUCUUUAUCAAUGGACAAAUGAUUUGUCUAGGAGGAGAACCCACGUGAAGCAUUUGUCCGUGUUCAGACAGACCACGGUUCUGUGGCUACUCCACACAGACAAGUCAGUGGACUUCUUCAUCAGAGCUCCACAAGUCAGGAAGUGCUGAAGACAAUCGCUUGAGAGCCUCCUACCAGGAACUCAUCAGAUUUCAUAGGGUUGUGACUGAGGGUAACUGAGAGGGAGGGGUUGUGUGAAAAGGACUGAGAGCUGGGGCAAGAGAGUCUUCGCUUGUCAGUCCACAGAGAAAAGUGGAAUGGAUGGAACUGCCUAAUGAUGCACAGUGGGGAGAAUUAUUUAAAGAGGAAAAAAAAAAAGAGUGUGUGAGCAACUGUGCAUGUUUUGUUUGUUUUGUGUUGUUUUUUUUUAAUGGCUGCAGCCUGUCUUAAAAAGAUGGCAAGCCAUAAGUCCUCAUGUCAUCAGUACUUUAGUGAAGAACUGUCAUUUUCUUUGGUGCCAGUAAAUACAGUUGCCAGAAAUUAGUCCUAGUAUAACUCAUCUGUCUUUUUUAAAAUCCCAGUGUGCAUGCUUCAGGAAAAUACAUUGAACAUUCAUACAGAACAAGCCACAUGUUUUUUGGUUUUUAAUGUUGACAUACUCUGGAUCCUCAGAAAGACAUAAACAGGAUUUGAAGAAAAAACUACAUUCAGUGAAAUGCUUCAUGUUUAGAAACACUCCUUGCUGUCUGUCACUUGCCAUUCAAACCAGAGGGAUCAUUAUCUUUCUCAUCGUGGCAGGCAGUGGUGACUUCGACAUCAUGCCAGUGUGAAUAAAAUUAGGCACAGAAGUCUUUGCUAGUAUGCUUGAGCAGUGACUAAUGUGACUUUUUACAUUUAAGGACUCUUGCAUUGCCUUGAGGAAGAACUCCCGGAUGAAUCAGUAUGUCUUCAGCCAGUGGUCCUGUAAAAGUGAAAGGGAAAUCCUUGGAGUGUCUGCAGCCUGCUUUUGUUCAGUGUGAAGAAUGCUUCUUAGAUUCAUAAUUUUUUAUACUAUCUUGAAAUUGUAUAUGUGAAUACAGUACUAUUAAAAUUAAGUGGUAUGGAGUGUGAAAGGCAAUACAUGAUUUUUCUAAGUUGGCCCAAAGGCCCAUUAAAAAGCCUGUGGCAUUGUUUACACUAAGAAAUUAUCUGUCUUAUAUUAGCACUUAUUUAUCCUUUGAUUAAUGUACACAAAAUUUGGGGGGUGGGUCUGGAAUUCACAUACGCAUACUUUUAAUGCAGUAUUACAGUAUAUUUGCUAUUUAUCCUUUCUAAUGUGUGUACAUAUUACAAUUUAUUUUUGUCUUUUAUGUGCCCUGUUCAGUUUUUAAUUAUGAAGUGUAAGUAUUUCUUUUUCUGGCAAUAAAAGGUCUGUGUAGAUGUGAUUUUUACCUCAGUAAAUCUGCAAUAGAUUCUUGUGGAAUGUUUUUAGUUUAUAAAAUUGAAGGUUGUUGUUUUAGAUGUCAGCCUAAAGGCAAAAAGGCGAUUUGGUGGCUAAAAUUAGAUAUCCCUCUUCAGUGCUAUUUUACAACAAGACCAGGUUUGCAUAAAUGGGGUGGAUUAUUUUAGCAAAGAGCACUUCUAAUAAGAGGAGAAUGCAUUCCAACAGUGGUCACUCUAUUAUUUUUAAAGAGAUUGGCAAACCUUUUUUAAAGAAGAUUUUUAUGACAUUAGGAUCCCUUACUAUAUUAGUAAAAAAAUCUAAUGAGGUACAAGGCCCGAAAUAUCAAUAACCAAAUAAAAUAAUCAUCUACAUGCUUGUAGCAAAGAAAAGCAAGCAGCACCUUCCUUUUUUAAUGGAAUCAAUAAGAACCACUAGGAUUCCAUUUGCAGAAAACAAUUUAGCUUCUGGGAGGUCCAUCAUUUUAUAAAUAUAGAAGCACCACUUUGACAUCAAGGAAGCAGUGAAAAUGUAUUCUUUGGCACUACAUCAUGCAGGAAUUAUCAAGCCAUUAGAGUUAAGGUUUGUCAGCAAUUCUUGUACAAUGCUAAUUUUUAUUUUUAGAAUUUGAUGAGUAUAAACUUAAAACUUACACUAGAAUAGUUCUGCUUAAACUUUUUUUUUUUUUUGGCUGAUGUUGCCAAAUUUAGAAAUGUGUGUCUAAAACCAUAUAAAGGUCUACUAUGCUGACUUUGAAGUAUAAAACACAUUAUUUCACUUCAAAGGAAAUGAGUGAGGCAAUUAAAUAGACCUCAGUGUUGCCUUAAUCAUAUCGAAACACUUGAAAGCAGCC